UACUUUCCCACUCAUUAUUGUUAUUUUAACACUAUUCCCUGGACCGGUUUGGAAAUUACACGUAAACAAGUGUGUGUUAGGUGAUUUUCAUAAAUGCUUAUUUUGUGCAAAAAUAUAUAAGAUAUUUAUUCCACACAAAGUGUUGACUCGGUGCAGUUUAUUGUCGUCAUUGUUAUUGAGUCGGCGUGUUUUUACAACAAAUUUGGAAACGCGAAUUCUUGUUUUCAAUCGAAAAUAUUCCUUUAAAACCGUCAUGGCGAAUACGGAAAUUGUGGGACGUGCACUUCACUAUGUAUUGAAAAUUGGCAAUCGGGGAAAGAAUUCCUACUUCUUUCGCGAUAUACUGGGCAUGAAGGUACUUCGUCAUGAAGAGUUCACUGAAGGGUGUGACGCGCAAUGUAAUGGGCCUUAUGACAACCGUUGGAGCAAGACUAUGAUUGGCUACGGACCGGAGUCCUCACAUUUCGUCAUAGAACUGACAUACAACUAUGGUGUAAAGAGUUACGAAUUGGGUAAUGAUUUUGGCGGCAUUACAAUAAAAUCCAAGGAAAUCCUUGAGCGCGCUCGUUCUCAGAAUUAUCCCAUUUCGGAAGAAUAUGGUCAAUAUAUACUCACAUCACCUGAUGGCUACAAAUUUUUUAUAAUUGAAGAACCUCAACCUGAAGAUGCGGAUCCUGUGUUGAGUACCACAUUGCACUCAAGCAAUUUAUCAGCAUCUAAACAAUACUGGCAUGAAUUACUUAAUAUGCAAUUGGUUGACGAAGACUCCAAUGUAUUAACACUCUCAUAUGGCAAUAAUCAAGCAUCGUUAAAGUUAAAACUUUUAAGUGAACCCAUUAAUCGCGCUAAAGCUUAUGGUCGUAUUGCGUUUGCAGUUCCAUUAAAUGUUCAACCCGUCAUCGAUACGAAAAUUCAGGCGGCUAAUGGCACCAUACUGACGCCUCUUAUUACGCUAGACACACCUGGAAAGGCAACAGUACGUGUUAUUAUAUUAGCUGAUCCUGAUGGACAUGAAAUUUGUUUUGUUGACGAAGAAGGGUUUUCUGAAUUGUCAAAAGUUGAAGAGGAUGGUGAACGCAGACUCACAAAAUAUAUUCAAAAAGAUCCGUACCAAGAGAAAGAGUAAACAUUCUUAUGAUUUUUUGAAUACUAAUGCUUAUCUCUUAACACAUAUUAAAUUCAUUGUAUUUGCAUUAAAAUUACAUAUAAAUUUAAAGUUUGAUUAGUUGUAGAAAUGCUGAAUAUACAUAUAUAUUUUUAAUAUUAUAGAGGAGAAACCCUUAUUCGAGAAAAACAAUGUUUACCAUCUUUUUUGUACUACAGUAUAUAGAAAUUCUUUAAAGGUUUUUAUUCUAAUGUAAAUAUGUAAAAUAUCGAAUUACAUAAUAUAAAAUAGUAUAUAGCGUGAACAAUAAAUAUGCACCAUGCACGUAUAAUUAUCUAGUUAA